AUGAAGCACUUGAGCAAUUUGAAGAGCACUGAUUACGCCAGAUUUGCCUGUGGCUACGCCUCGAGCAGUAAUUCUUCAGCAUCUUGCGUGAUCUCCAAACUUCGCGUGGUUAUCAACAUGGUCUGCUCACACAGUUAAUUUAGUUCACUGAUGAAUUAAACUUAAACCAUCAGCGUUGGAUUUUAAUUACGUCCAUACGAGAAGGAAGGAGAUUCCUCUAACAGAGAAAUGAAAUUUUAAGAAACGCAAAUAAGUUAAUACGCCUUUUAUGGGAUGGCAUUUCCCUUUAUUGUGAUUUUAAACCUUAUUUCCACUUUAUUGGAUCAGUUUGCAAAAAACAAAAUAUACAAAAAAAAAGUAAAACAACUGUAGUAUCAUUCCAUAAUCAAAAAUGUAUUGGAAGUGAGACGACGCUACGGUCAUACCUAGUACGACCGAACGAUGCUGAUGACCAAGCAAAACAGGUUGACGUAGUCCACAGGAUUCCCCGUGGAUUCGGCAAAGCCUACAUCGAUAAGAAUGGAAGAUCUAUGCAAGAGAGGAUCAGGGAGCACGACAGGAAUAUCCGACUCACCAGGACGCAGAACUCCGCCAUUUCAGAGCUCGCCCACAACACUAGUCACCGCCCGCUCUUGAACGAAAUAAAGUUUAUUGAUCGAGAUCCCCAUUUCUAUACGCGCAAGGUGAAAGAGACAAUUCGCAUAAGACUUCACCUUAACAACAUCAACAGGGACAGUGAGGCAGAAAUCUAA